CCUCAGUCUCCACACACACACACACACACUUCUCAACACAGGCGGCGUGUGCUUGCAUUGCAGCUCACAGCACACAGAUGGAUGGAGCUAGCGUGUGUGUGUGAGAGAGAGUGAGGAAGCCGGGAGUGAGCCGUAGCUGGCUGACUGGCUGACUGGCUGUGUAGACACAGGGGAGAGUGUCACCAUAUCAGGCUGGGUGUGGAGAACUCUCUCUGGGGUAGGGAGACCACAGGACCAGGGUUCUCCCAGGGCUCUAUAGCAGCUGCAGCAGGUGGACAGCUAGGCGGAUGGGCCAAUGGGUGGCUGAGGGAAGGCAUGAAGCAGUAACCACGGCAACAGUGGUACCGGCUGUAAGGGGCACAGGGACAUGCUGAGGAUGGGCACUCGGCCGCGGCAACCCCCGGACCUGCGGCAGCGGGAGGAGGGCAGGCUGCUGGCAGCGGUGGCUCUGGUGGAGCAGGAGGAGGAUGAGGAGGAAGACUCAGAGGAAGGCAGCAGUGGAAGCGGGGGCAGUGACAGCGCCAGCCGGGCAGAGGAAGGGGCCAAGGCCACCAAAGUCCCCACCUUCGAUGUCCCCUACUUCCGCUACAUAGACGAGGAAGAGUCAGAGGGAGAGGGGGAUGGAGAGGAGGUGUGCAGCAGCAGUCGCUCUCUGUCCUCCAUCGAGGACGACUCGUCCAGUGACAGUGUUGUCUCUGACAGGUACGUGGUGGUGUCAGGGACCCCAGAGAAGAUCCUAGAACACCUGCUGUCUGUCUUGAGGCUGGACAACCACCGUGAUGACCAGGGGAGCACACAGCAGACCAAGGAGUCAGAGCCUCUCCUGGAUGACUUCCUGCUGACAUACCUGGUGUUCAUGUCAACCAGUGAUCUGUGUCAGGCUCUCCUGGGACACUAUUGUUCAAAGAGACACCACCGGGGGAAAGAGGAAGGGAAGGAGGUUCUGGACAGGAAACGGCAGGUCCUGCACCUGGUGACACAGUGGACAACACUGUACAGGGACUUCCUACGAGAAGACGAGCAUGUUAAACUCUUCAUGAAGACAUUGUAUCGUUUCCUCCUGGAUGACCUGUAUGAGUAUCCAACUCUAGAGAAGGAGCAGAAGGACCUGCAGAAACUCCUGCGGCUGCAUCGCAGACAUACAGCGGAGGAGUAUUCACCCCACAGAAAGAGCAAAACUCUUUCCCACCAACUGAGCCUGAAAGAGAACGGGCUCCCGACCAGAGGAACACAAAGGGAGACCAGGGAAGUGUUGUGUCAUGUGUACGUGAGCAUGGACUCAUAUCUGAGUGUGAGGAGCCUGGCCAGUGUUGUGGCCCAGGGGCUGCUGCAGGAGGUGGCUGAGAGACUGGAUGUCCCCCUGGAGGAGCUGGUCCUGCUGGCUGUCACCUACCCUGGAGAGAAACUCCUCCUGAAGCCUCAGGACAGGCUCUACUCUGAUUCGCUGACAGCAGUGGGGAGGCUGCACGUGUGCAGAAAGGACCUGAGUGAAGUCAUGAACCCGUUCACAGACAACGCAGAGCUACAACAGAGGUCAGCUCGCAUGCUGAGUAUGAACACAUGGGACGUGGCUGUCACCCUUACAAACUUUGACUGGAGUGUCUUCAACUCAAUACAUGAGCAAGAGCUGGUGUACUUCACGUUCAGCCGUCAUGCCAGCGGUGGCCACACGGUGGCGCUGGAGCUGCUGCUGCAGCGCUGCAAUGAGGUACAGCUGUGGGUGAUGACAGAAGUCCUGAUGUGUCCUACGCUCUGCAACAGAGUCCAGCUCAUCAAGAAGUUCAUCAAGAUCGCUGCCCACUGUAAAGCCCAGAGGAACCUCAACUCUUUCUUUGCCAUCGUUAUGGGUCUGAACACCGCAGCAGUUAGCCGCCUCAGUCAGACCUGGGAGAAAGUUCCAGGAAAAUUCAAAAAACUGUUUUUGGAUCUGGAGAUGUUGACAGACCCCUCUCUCAACCACAAAGCCUACAGGGACACUUUCAAGAAGACCAAGACGCCGAAGAUCCCUUUCCUUCCUCUGCUACUGAAAGAUAUCACUUUCAUUCACGAGGGCAACAAAACGUUUCUCGAUAACCUGGUCAAUUUUGAAAAGCUGCACAUGAUAGCCGACACGGUGCGUCUCAUCAGACACUGUCAGGAGGAUCACAUGGGGAACGGGAUGCCCCAGAAGAGCAGUCCGGAGGUACAGGCCUAUGUCGACUACCUUCACGUCAUUGACAAUCAGCAGACUCUGUUUGAACUGUCCCACAGACUGGAACCCCGUGUGUAGAUAGACCACACACACACUCUCUGAGCCUGCCUCCCUCCACCCCUGGAAGUCAGACCACCAAGGAGAAGGGUGCCAACUAGUCUCUGGAAACACCCCUCACAACUCUGUUACCAACUUAGAGAAACAUGGGUUGGCCAACUCUACAGAGCCCAACUCUAACACACACACACACACACACACACACACACACACACACACACACACACACACACACACACACACACACACACACACACACACACACACACACACACACACACACACACACACACACACACACAGGAUUCUAUUAAUCAGCUGCACACACAGCAGGACUUUGAUGAGUUGAAUUAGGUGGGUUAAUGCAGGGCUGGAACAGAAGCCAGAGGAAUAGGGUUGGCCAGAGCCGACAGAGAGAUGACUGUGUGGUGCUGGCCAACCACAAGAUGGCGCCAAAAGGCAUACUGGAAUACUGAGCAACGAUGGAGCAGAGGUAACCAAAGAGCUUCUCAGUUUAACAAAUAGAUCUGGACCCGUAUUGAUCAAAGGAUCCCAAAGUAGGAGUGCUGAUCUAGGAUUAGUUUAGCCUUUUGGAUCAUAAUGAAUGGACAGGGACCUAGAUCAGCACUCCUACUCAGUGAUGUCCUGGGAGAUAAAUAGGUGGAUAAACUUGGAUCGCUGGUCGCAGUGAAAAAAGUAACGCUUCCUAUUCUUUCAAUGCAUUUUUCUGCAAAAGGUGGGUACAUUGUUGGGGCCCUCCCCCCAAAAAGGUGGGUACAUUGUUGGGGCCCUCCCCCCAAAAAGGUGGGUACAUUGUUGGGGCCCUCCCCCCAAAAAGAUGGGUACAUUGUUGGGGCCCUCCCCCCAAAAAGGAGGGUACAUUGUUGGGGACCUCCCCCAAAAAUGUGGGUACAUUGCGUUUACCCUCCACUACACCAAUGAUCCUACUCUGAGACGCUUUAUGAAUAUGGACCCUGCUUCAGUCACUCUGUAUUGACAGCUUCAGGUUGUUGUUAUCUGCUUCCAAACAGGUGACCACACCUUGACUAUCUAUCUACACACAAUGAAUGAAAGCAUCAACCUUCUGGGGACUUGACCACCAGGACACUACACUUGACAGACCUCCAGUGCUUGACCACCACACACUAAACUGAUGUUAAGCUAAAUGGAUUUAAACAACAAUAUUGAAAAGUGUGUGUGUGUGUGUGUGUGUGUGUGUGUGUGUGUGUGUGUGUGUGUGUGUGUGUGUGUGUGUGUGUGUGUGUGUGUGUGUGUGUGUGUGUGUGUGUGUUGCAUAAAUGUCACUUCCAAAUACUGAAAAAAAUAUCAUUCAAAAUAGGCUCAAUUACUGAAAUUAUAUUUCUUUUAGAUGUAUUUUCUGAGUAAAGUGAGAGGUAAUAAAACCAUCCUCAUCAACAGUAGAAGGGUUAUGUUACAGUUAUAGAUAAUGUAAUUAACCAUCCUCAACAGUAGAAGGGUUUUGUUACAAUUAUAGAUAAUGUAAUUAAUCAUCCUCAACAGUAGAAGGAUUAUGGUACAGUUAUAUAUAAUGUAAUAAACCAUCCCCAACAGUAGAAGGGUUAUGUUACAGUUAUAGAUAAUGUAAUAAACCAUCCUCAACAGUAGUAGAAGGGUUAUGUCACAGUUAUGGACUUAGCUGUGGACUUAGAUGUUUGGUCUUAGCUGUGGACAAUCAGAGACGUAUCUUGAGGCAUCAGAUCCUUUGCCUGUCAUGUCUCUGUAUCUGGCACUAUAAAGAAACAGCAAUACACAGUCAACACUUUUGCCUUUGAACAUUCGUGUCCAGUUAAAAUGCCUUUGCCUUUUUCUUUCAGUGGCAGUAUUAGUUCAUCUUAUAGAAAUGGCUUCCCAACAUUGUAAUAAACUGUACAUGUAUCCCCCUGCAGGAUGUUGUAUCCUGUUCUAGAGAAUCCUCUUUGUGAGUGUUUCACUGGUUUUGAAAAGAGAUUAGACCAUGAUAUAGAGAUUCUUCAGUAGCACCAGCAGUUCUCCUGUUGUGGAUUCCCCUGAUAUGUAAUGUGUGUAUCACAGAGAUAGAACAGUUCUAUAUCCAUGGUGUGUAUGGUGUUUUGAGGCAGGUCAUGUACUAUAGAUUCCAUCUAUAUACUGUAGUAUGUUGUACAUUCCCUGGUUGGACAUGGAGAUUGGAUAAUUAUUUAUUAUUAUGAUAAUAGACUUAUUUAUUUGCUGGUUGUGCACUACUUUUGACCAGGUAGUGUACUAUGUAGGGAAUAGGGUAUAAUUUCUGUGUUUUUUACCUGCCGUGGGGUUCCAAUGGGUUAGGAACUGGUCUGCAUGAUGUGGUAAAGCCAUGGAUUGACCCCCAAGUAAAAUAUGCAUGUAACAAAAAGCAUUUCCUUGUGAAGUAGUUGUACUCUACAUGUCGCUGCAAUGCCCAAAUCAGCAUGUACUAACAAAUAUUAUUUCCAAAAGGGAAACAAAAGCAAUACAAAGUCACUGCUCUUCUCUCUCUCAUCACUCUUUUCUUUAUGCUUUUCAUUUUUUACAAGCAUUUUGAAAUGUUAAAUAAUAAAUCAAAUGUUUUGUUUUAUGAA